UACCGGAAACUAUAAACAAAAUUGUAAGAAGUUUAUUGCUUGUUUUUUUUACUUUAUUAACUAUUCUUAUAAAGUUUAACCCGAAAGUAUGACAACUGUAGUUGUAGACAACGGAUCAUGGUUCUGUAAAGCUGGUUUCGCAGGAGAAGACAACCCAAAAUCAGUGUUUCCUGCCGUGGUGGGCAAACCGAGACAAACGGGCGUAGCAGCUGGAAUGGAUCCGAAUUCCGUUUAUAUUGGCAUUGAAGCGAGGAGAAAACAAGGACUCCUUUCAGUUAAAUAUCCAACUGAAUUUGGUUGUAUCACAAACUGGGAUUAUAUAGAACAUAUAUUACACCACACAUUCUAUGACGAACUUGGUAUUACAACGGACGAGCAUCCUAUUUUACUAACCGAGGCUCAGCUAAAUCCUAAAUAUAACAGAGAAAAAAUGACAAUGAUGAUAUUUGAAACUUUUAAUUUCCCUGCGAUGUAUGUUAAAGCAAAAGGAGUUCUUUCACUUUAUUCUUCUGGUUGUAUUACUGGUGUGGCAUUGGACAUAGGUGAAAAUAUUUCGUAUUCUUUACCUGCUUAUGAAGGUUAUGCACUUCGUCAUGCCGUAAUGAAAUCGGAGCUAGCUGGGCGAGACCUAACUGAUUACUUACACCAAUCUCUCAAUGAUAAGGGUUAUUCUUUCGAUUUCUCUUCUGUGGCAGACAGAGAAAUCAUUCGUAAUAUCAAAGAAAAUCUAUGCUACGUUGCAUCCGAUUUUAAAAAAGAAAUGGAAAAGUUUUCAACCGAAGUAUCCUCUUUAGAAAAGAAAUUUGAACUUCCAGAUGGAAAAGUUGUAAGUAUCGGCAGUGAACGAAUUCGAUGUCUGGAACCCUUGUUUCAACCAUCUAUUGCUGGGAUAGAGUUUCCUGGACUUCAUGAAACUUUAAACUAUAGUAUUUUGAAAUGUAAUGAGGAUCUUCGUAAAGAUCUGUAUGGAAAUAUUGUUUUAUGUGGCGGAUCAUCUCGGACUCCAGGGAUAACUGAACGUAUGCAAAGUGAGAUUACUAACCUUGCACCUCUCAUUAUGAAAAUAAAUGUAAAAACUCCACCAAAUAUUAAGAAUUCAGCAUGGGUUGGCGGUUCUAUCCUUGCUUCUUUACCAACUUUUCAACAAAUGUGCAUCACAAAAGAGGAAUAUGAUGAGAUUGGUCCGACAAUUGUGCACAAAAAAUGUUUUUAAACUCGUUAUGUUUUUUGUAAAGAAGAUAACUGAUUGAAAUUAAUUCAAAUUAUCUACCCUACAUGAGUGGCAUGAAUCAGCUGUGGGUUCUUAAAAAAUGAAGACUUAAUCGGAAGUCAUGUUUUGUUUACAUAGAAGAAUCCUAGAAUAACGAUUUCAAACAUAUCAACAUCAUAUUACAACAAAUAUUAACAGUUUUGACAUCUCAGGUUUUCAUUCAACCAUUCCACACAAUGGAUGAAAUUUCUUUGUAAGAUAUAUAUUAUAAAGGUCAGAAAGGGAAUAACCAAUUUUAUCGCUAUUUUACGAAAUUUUCCUUUGAUCUUGCUGACUGAUAAUUUCCUUUCUCUGCGGAGUCGAGUGAUAUGAAAAUUAUCGCUAGAAACUAAGGGGGCACGAGGCGUUGUCAAUGAAAUUGACAUGAAAUUGACAACGUCGACAUAGGUAAAAAAAAGCGAUAAACAGAUUAUCAUUGGUCAUCUCAACUCGAUUGCUUUACUCACUUUCGCCGUUCCGGCUCAAGCGAGAAAAUCAAUCUCGUUGAGAUGAUCAACGAUAAUCUAUCAAUAUCUUGUAUAAUUUUAUAUACAUGUAUCGUUACAAUGAAUCUACAGUUGUUUAUUAAUUUGUUAAAUUGUGAAUUUUCUAUAACUAUUGAAUACAUUUAUAAUUAUUUAA